CACUCGCACCAUCGCUUCUCUCCCCGAGUAUUUUAGUCUUUCUGCCACACUUUUCUCAUUCUCUUCCAUUUCACUUUCUGCUAAAGUCAGGUUUCUUACUCUCUGCUUUCUCGUCUCUCUCUCUCUCUCUCGCACACAACAUCCACUCACUCAAGCACGCCAGGCUCAUAAAAACAGAAUAACUAGUCCACUCAGGCUGUGUUGACCCUAAAUAAUUUAUAAGGUAGUGGUAAAGCGCAUUUUCUAUUGUAAUGGCUUUUGUUCGUGGUUUGAAACGUCCCAUUGAGAUCUUCUGUAAGAGGAGGAUGAAUACCCCUGUUCAUUCUGGACUUGGCUACUCUGCUAUGGCGUGUAAAGGGGCUUACUUUCCUGAUUUUAGAGAGAAUAAAUGCCCAUUUGGUUGUAAUUGUGCCAACGCAUUUUGCAGUCACUGCAUUUCUGCUAGAAGAUACUCUACUGAAGUAUCUCCUUCAGAACAAAUGAAUCUUAUAAAGCAGUUGAGAGAAAGAACAAGUGCUCCCAUUAAAGAAGUCAAGUCAGCUUUGGUUGAUUCCAACUGGGAUAUUGAGUCUGCCCAAAAGGAACUGAGGAAAAGAGGGAUUGUUCUUGCAUCCAAAAAGGCUUCUCGAACUGCUGCCGAGGGUUUGCUGGCACUGGCACAGAAUGACAGGAAGGCUGCUGUGAUUGAACUUAAUUGUGAGACAGAUUUUGUUGCCAGGAAUGAAAUUUUUCAAUACUUGGCCCUAUCUUUGGCAAAGGUAGCUUUGUUGGUCGAUGGUACACGGCAGCCUUCUGGUGCUCUUCAUGUUGGACCUGAACUUUUUGAGGAGUUGAAGAUAAACUUUCACCAUCCCAAAUUAAGUGGAGAGAGAACUGUUCAAAAUGCAAUUACAGAGGUUGCUGCAAUGAUGGGAGAGAAUGUCAAGCUUAGAAGGGGUUUUGCAAUGUCUGCACCUUCAUAUGGCAUCCUGUCUACCUAUCUACAUACAAGCCCACAACCAGGUGUGGGCCGGAUUGCUGGGCUUUUGUCCCUUGAAGUGGAGGAUCAGAAUGCUUCAGUGGAUGCUCUUCAGCAUGUUGGAUCAGAACUAGCAAUGCAUGUGGUGGCAGCAAAGCCUUUGUUCUUAACAAAGGAUGAUGUAUCUACCGAAGCAAUGGAGAGCGAACGUGAGAUUCUCAAAUCUCAGGCAGAAAGUACAGGGAAGCCUCAGAUGGCUGUAGAGAAGAUGGUUGAAGGACGCCUACGCAAGUAUUUCGAGGAAGUAGUUCUAAUGGAACAAAAGUUCAUUGUCAAUGAUACUCUAAACGUAAAGACUUUAUUGAAUAACCUGUCAAAGGAAGUGGGCUCACCUGUGAAGGUUGGAAGCUUUUUAAGAGUGGAAGUUGGAGAAGGCCUUCAAAGGCUUGAAUCAUCCAACGCUGGUGAACCGUUGGCUCAGGCUGCUUAGUUUGGCAAGUUGCUUUGCAGGCUUGAAUUAUCCAGUGCUACUGAAUUUUUGGCUCAGGGUGCUUAAUUGGGCAAUGUUGCGCAAUCUUAGGAAGCCACCAUUAACACAACGAGUAUAUAUUGAAUUGAGUUUUUGCUUUUCACCGGCUAGAUGAUCAAUUGUCUGUUCCUUUAUGUCUUUCAAUGUGGAAUUUUGUAAAAUUCCCUUAUUAGGAAUGGAAACUAAUUUUCAUUGCAUAUACUUCAGCAAUGAAAAGAGGCAUUGUAGCUUCAAAAUAAUAAGCAUGAACUUCUUGAUGUCCAACUUUAUGCUGUGUUGUCAUAUUCUCUGCAGUCAGUCAGAAUAUGGGAUAUAAAAGUAACAACUCUACAUACAAAUUAGGAUCCUCAAUACUGGUUAUUCUAUUCUAUAGAAAGCUGGAUUACCUCUUCUUUUUU